CAGGCUUAUAAAAAGGGCGGGCAUGAGCCGUGCUAAUCACAUUUCUUUGUGAACCAGCAAAGACAGUGCCCAAAAUGAACUCUCUAAUACUGAUCCUGUUUCUUGGAGCUACCGUCGCUUUGGCCGAGAUCCAUGUUGAAAAUGAUCCACCCCAUAAAGCGCCUCGCCCAAUCUUGAAAAAGUGCAAGGAAAAAUGCAUGAAGCCAACAAAGCCGGGCGAACUAGCUGACGAGGAAAACGAUCCUCGAGUUCACCGUGGUAAUCGUCAUCCUUCUUUACCGCCUAAAGUGCGAAAGUGUAUCCAUGACUGCCUCAAGGAACAUAAACCAUCAAAACCGCCACCGCCACAUACAGAGUCAGGCAAGGUAGCUGAUGAGGAAAACGAUCCACGCCGCGCUCGUUUUUCUGGGCCUCUCAUGGACGACGAUUGUAUACCCAGGAAAGUAUUGUGCUCGGCGAGUUAUCCGGAACUUUUGGCGCUUUGUCAGUGAGGGCCAGAUGCCUGAAGAGCCUUAAGUUCAACGGUAGAACAUAAUUCAGGCAUGUGUAGCUGUUGUAGGGGAUAAACUACAAAGACAUGAAAAUAAAGCAUUGAAAAAGUA